AAAUAUGGAUACAUGUAUAAGACCACUAGACCACGUUUAUAUCAAAACUUGAGAAAUCAAGUAGGUAUGAGAACUGAAUAUUCAGAUGCAGUUAAAAGAAAUGUACCUACAAUUAGAAGAAAUACUGGUUUAAUAA